CCGAUUCCCCGGCUCCCCAGCUGAGUGUCUCCGCGGAGGGCGCGCAGCUCCAGGUACCGCCGCGCGCGCAGGGCGCAGCAUCCUCACUCGCUGUCCAGAAGUGGGGAGACGCAUCUCGCGCCGUCCCAGCUUCGUCGCCCUGACCUCCGGCCGGCCCUGGGUUUGGGCCCGAGCAACGAGCGGCCAUGCAGCAGAAGCAGCAGCCCCAGGGUUGAGGCGGGCCCCAUGGCCAAGCCCGCGUCCCCGCGGUCCGGGCCACGACGACUAGGGCGCAUCGCAUGGAGAACUUCCGAAAGGUGCGCUCCGAGGAGGCGCCGGCGGGGGACACGGCCGAGGGGGGCAGUCCGGGCUCGGGCCCGUUCGCCGACCUGGCUCCCGGCGCCGUGCACAUGCGGGUCAAAGAGGGCAGCAAGAUCCGCAACCUGCUCGCCUUCGCCACCAGCAGCAUGGCGCAGCCGGCCACGCGCGCCAUCGUCUUCAGCGGCUGCGGCCGGGCCACCACCAAGACCGUCACAUGCGCCGAGAUCCUCAAGCGCCGCCUGGCUGGCUUGCACCAGGUCACGCGGCUGCGCUACCGGAGCGUGCGCGAGGUGUGGCAGAGCCUCCCACCCGGGCCCGGGCCCGCGCCCCCCGGCCUCAAGCCCGGAGAGCCGGCCGCCAGUCUCAGCGUGCUGAAGAACGUGCCCAGCCUCGCCAUCCUACUUUCCAAGGAUGCCCUGGAUCCGCGCCAGCCCGGCUACCAGCCCCCGAGCCCCCAGCCUGGCCCCGAACCCUCGGCGCAGACCACCACCCUCACCCCCGCCCCGGCCAAGAGGAGUGGAGCGGAGCCCGCGGCUGGAGAAGGCCCGGCCAAGCGGUCCCAGCCAGAGCCUGGUGGCACCGCCGAAGGGGACCCGAGGACAUGAGGACUCCCGGCCCCUCCUGUUCCUCUGGAUGGGCAGGAGCAGCCUCUCUCCCCAGCGCCCCGACCUUGAAACGCGCCUCAGGCCACUCCACCUAGACCCAGCUCCCCCAUACUGGCAGCGUGGACCCCCCAAGGCGACCAGAGGGAUCUCCCGAGGAAGCUUUUUUCUUGGCCAGCUGCUGCUGCACUUAUCUGAAGACACCGAACUCCACCGUCUGAGCUGUACAGGGGACUUGUUCAGGGAGGAAAUGGUGGUGUGGGCCGUGGAGCUCCAGCUUUGCUUAGGACCCCCCAAGCACAAGGGGCAGACAGCAUUCGAGACGGGGCCUUCCCCCACAACAGAGACUUUGGGUGGGUGGGUGGGUGGGUGGGGGAACUCUUGGAAUCUCCUAGCCUUGGACAGUGGGGGGUUAAGAGUGAGAAACCUGAGGCAGGGGAUACUGAGAUGUGGAGGACACUAUUAGGCCCUCACCCAGGGAAAAUUUCCUCUCUAGCUCCUUUCCGUGCUUUUAAGGAGCACCCUGGACUCCUAUUCUUUGGUGUCCCCACCCCACCCCCAGCCCUUAAUCUAGGCCUAGUGGGAGCUUUCCUGCAACCCAACCUAUCCCCAUCCUCAGAACCACAGCUGGAGUCUUGCUUCCAAUAAAACGAACACAACAAUG